GGGGACGCUAUGUGGGACGUGGAAGAGACCUUCCCACUAGCCUUCUAGUCCGUAAUCUUAGCCAUGACUGCAGGCCUGAGGAUCUUCGUAGACCAUUUGGACAGUUUGGUGCUAUCAAGGACAUAUACCUACCAAAGGAUUAUUAUACUGGGUGAGCACGUCUGAGCUGUAUGUAGGACUUGCAGAUUCUUUGGUACUGGUGUUAAUUUUUGAAUUAGCAAAAAUACAAUAUUAUGAUUUGUGCAUACGGUUUUUGAGUAAUUCUGUAAAUUUUAUACCACAGUUUUAGUCUCUGAUAAAUGUUUGAUAUAAUAUAUUUUCUUUGUUGCUUUCUCAUAUUGGUUUAGAAUUAGUGGUAUUAGAACGCAUAUUUUCAAUAUUUUCCCUGCUUCUUUUGAACAAAAUGUUUUUAGCACAAUCCUUGGUAAAAGUCAUUGCUGAAGUUUCUGAAGUAGAUCCUUCUUAGUGCUCGGUCUUUCAAAUUAUGCAUCUGAUUAUAGGGGCAUUUCUUUCUGUUUCUUCUAUUUUUUUCCCCUUAUCACAUAUUAGGUCUGUUUUUUUGGAUGUUUGAAGAUUUAACAGUGAAACUAAUGUUUUGAAGAAGACAUCAAGUAAUUAGAGUUCUAUUGAAGAUGAUGUUAAUGGUAGUGAAGAUUGGAAGGAAGUUGGAUUUGAAUACAUAGAAGAUGUUCCCAAGUCUUGAAGAAUUUCAAGUCAUCUUAAAUCUGACACAUGCAAGAGAACCACGUGGUUUUGGUUUUGUUCAAUAUGUAGAUCCUGCAGAUGCUGCUGAUGCUAAACACCAGAUGGAUGGUUGUGUUCUUCUUGGUCGGGAGUUGACUGUGGUAUUUGCUGAGGAAAAUAGGAAGAAGCCAUCUGAUAUGAGGGCAAGGGAAAGAGGAAGUCAUACAAACAGCGGACGAUUGCAUGAUCGAAGAAGAUCUCCUCCACGGUAUUCUCGUUCACCUCGAUAUUCACGUUCCCCAGCUCAACGUCAUGCGAGGUAUUCUCGUUCACCACCUCCACGCCAUGCAAGGACUAGGUCCCGUAGUUAUGAUUAUGCAUCUCCCCCACCAAAACAAAAGGCUUAUUCAAGAUCAGUGUCCCCUCGUGACAGACCGGAUAGUCGAGAGAGGUCUUUCCCACGACAGCAGAGCCGUGGUAGACCCUCUCGAUCUCCACGUCUCGAUGGUUCAAGAAGUAGGAGUCAAAGUCCAGCACGGGCUGGAAGUCGAAGUCCAAGCCCUGUGAGAGGCCGAAGCCUGAGUAGGAGCAGGAGUCGGAGCAAAAGUGUCAGCCGGAGCAGGAGCCGAAGUCCACGACUAAGUCCAAGACAUGAAGAAUACAGAAGUGAACCGAAUGGAGAUAGGAGCCCAAGUCAAUAGGCAAACAGUUUGAAACUUGGGAAGAACAACUACAAUGUACUAUUAUUGCGAAUGUUUGGUUUGAUGUUUCUGUUAUGGACAUCAUUUCGUUAGUAUUGACUAUUGUUGGGUAGCGUUUGUUGUUAGGAUUUUAUGCGUUAUCAAAUUGAUUAUUGCGUACUUUGUUUGCUUUC